UGCACUGUUUUAACUAUAGCUGCGCAAGUGUAUAAACUUCACAGUGUUUCUCAUCUCUUUGCUCUAACAAUUGCGAUUUGGUUUUAGUUGUAUAUAGACAGACCCAAGUUCAGCCGCUAUACCAAUCAUGGGUAGACAGCAUUGCAGUGUAAUAGUGGCUGCUUGUUUACUGUCUGUGUUUGGCCUUUGUGUGGGCCAAGCUCCAGUGGAUAUCUGUGAAGAGGAUUUUUCUGAUAAUUUAUCAUGUGAAGGAAAAGAUGAAAAGAGGCGCUGCAGCUUCCCCAGAAGUGAACUUUGCAACAAAGAAACAUUUUGUGCUGAUGGUUCUGAUGAAGGCGUAACUACUGGAACUGGAUUGGACUGUGAUGGUAGCCUCACUGGUCGCAAAGCUAGUGAUGAUGACAAAGUGGAGCCUGGAUUUCUGUGUUCUAAUGGCACUAUCCUGGACCUGGUACAACUGUGUGAUGGCACGGCCAACUGUGAGGGUGGAGAUGAUGAGACACACCCUCUCUGUGCAAACAAGUGUCGGGUUCCCUACUAUGGAGGAUGUUUUCACACAAGAGAAUGUCAGUCUACCGCUAGAGAAGCAACUUGUGGAUUGUGUCGUCCUGGGUUCGCAAGAAAUCCCAGCAAUUAUGAAACUGGAGAAUGUGUUGAGGCUGCUUUCAGAUUCAUAAGGACAGCGUACAGUGUGUGUGAAAACCAACGAACAACAGUUUUUGUGAGACUUGAUACAACUGGGGUUCUUGAUCAGAGAGUCCUGGUGGAUGUCAGGGUAAUUGGUGGCACUGCUACAGCUGGUAACGACUUCACAAUAUUAACAAGUCAGCUUGUAUUCGAUCAAUUUUCUGAAGGAGGAAGAAGAAGGGGGUUCAGUAUUAGGCCUGUAUUUGACAGUAUUUCUGAAGGCAGUGAAACCAUUCUCCUGGAAGCUUCAGCUGGUGAUUGGCCAUUCGCUAUUGGAGGGAAUAGUACUACCGUUACAAUUAAUGAGUGCUCAGCACCAGUCAGGGCAGAGAAUCUGUUUACUGUCCAAUAUUCAAGUGCUUCUGAAGGCGCUGGCUCAAUAACUACGUAUGUACAACUAGCUAGUGGAGUUGGUACCCUGACAGAGGAUUUCAACAUCAGUGUAUGGACAAGUGGAGUUGGUAUCAUAUCCAGCGCAUUUUCAAUUUCUGGAUCUGCGAGGGGCAAUGUUGACUACAAUGAGACACACUUGACACUCACCUUUCCUAGAGGAACCACAGGAGGGGUUAAGAUUCCAUUUUCUGUUCCGAUAAUUGAUGAUAAUAUUGCUGAACAUCAAGAAAGUAUCCGUAUAGAUGUUUCAACAAGUGGCGAUGGAAUUGGGAUUUACUCAAUGACAUCACAUUUUGCAUUUAUUGAUAUUAAUGACAAUGAUCCCUUUAUAGUUGAAUUUGAGCAUCCAAGCUACACCGUACAAGAAGGAGAGAGUGUGGAAGUCUGUCUGGUCAACACAACCAAUCCAGAAAGAAUUGAACAAUUCACUGUGCGUUUCCACACUUCAUAUGACUGUGAUAUUUCAUCCACUGUGGUACCAGUGGAAGCAACAGCUGACUUGGAUUAUGAAGCACUGUAUAGGGAAAGUAGUAUCAUUUUUCCAACCGACGCUAAUCAAGCAUGCAUGACUAUCAACACUUACCACGAUAACUUGGAGGAAAGAGUAGAAAAGUUUAUUGUGACGGCGGUACGUCGCAGUGGAGUUGGACGGUUCUCUCAGUCUCCACAAACCACUGAAAUGUUUAUUUUGAAUGCAAAAGUGGAUCCAGUGACAGUAUCAAUUGAAGAGCCAUUCUAUUCAAUUACUCAACCUGAGGAUUCUGCGGAAAUAUGCAUUGCUACUGAAGGCAGCCUGGAUGAAUCGAUCAUUAUAAGCCUACAAACCCAAUAUCAAGUUAUGGAGCUGACACUUUCUGCUGCUGUUACUCGUACAUGCUCUACUUUCGCUUUUUUGAGCGACCUGUUCUACAGAAAUGGUCUCAUUGAGACCAUACAAGCAGUAAUCGUAUCUGAUAAUCGUCGAGUGACCUUUGACCGAUUUCAAGCGGAGAUAGCAUUGUUUGAUGAAAGCGGUGUUAAGGAUGAGUGUCCAAUCUUACUGGACCCUGCCAAUGGACAAGUUGAGCACCUGCUUACUGAUGGACAGAUUCUCCCUGGCUCCAUUGCCAUAUACUCGUGUGAUGUCGGGUUGGUUCCUGAUGGAGCACGAUUCAGAGAGUGUAUGGCUGAUCUCACCUGGUCAGGAAUCCCACCGGCUUGUAUUCAAGGUUUGGAAGGCAUUGUUGAAAGUCUGUCUAACGAAUUCAUUGUUGGAUUUGUUUCCUCAAAUACGAGUACAUCACAAGCUCUUAUUGUUACCACAAAUAAUCGACGAAGUGUUCCUUUUCUUGCUUAUGGAAAUCAAUUUGAUCGUGUUGCUGGAGUUAGAAACACACACGCUACUCUCACUGGUAUUCCAGGUAGCUAUAAAGAGAAAGGCAUCCACAUAAAAGCAAAGGCAAAUAGAAAAAUUGCUGUUUAUGGCUCACAGGAUAUUUGGCUUGCAUCACAUUCAAUUGAUUUAUAUCUUGCAAUCAAUGUGAGGCCUACAGAUGAUGUGAAAGAGUAUGAGUAUUAUUCUAUACCAUACAACUACCCCAGCUUGUUACACCUUGUUGCCACUGAAGACAAAACUAUUGUUAACCUUGGAUCUUCAUCCAUCAUGUUAGAUUGCCUUCAAACACAUCAAAUUGAUGAGAGUGAAUCUCUUACAUCAGUCAGAGUUUCAAGCAACAAACCUCUUUCAGUUAUCAGUGCUAAGAAUUGUUUUGGAUCUUGUGACUACCUAGCUGAACAAUUGUUGUCCACCCACCUAUGGGGUAGAAGAUUCCUAGUAGCAUCAUUUCUAGGUCUUAAAACUGGAGAAAGUUUAAGAAUCCUGGCGUCGGUAUUUCCUACUACAGUCACCAUUGCAUGUGCCGAGAGUAACAUCCCUCGUGUAGUAAUUUUCUUUUCUCGCCGUGGUCGAUGGAGGGAUGUAAAACUUGAUGAGCAGCCUGGGAGUGUUAGGGACAUGUUUUGUGUAUUAGAAGCUUCAAACCCAGUGUAUGUUAUUCAGUUUGCUCGAGUUAGUGUGGGUGAUUCUUACAUGAUGACCAUUCCAGCUGUUGAACAAUAUGGAGAAUGUUUCACAGGAUUUUAUACUUCAAAUACAUCUCCUUUUAAUUUUGUAAAUCUCUAUGUCGCACCCGAGCAUUUUGUGCCUCAAGGUAUCAUUGUUGACGGAGCAAUAGUGGUGGAUUGGACAAUUAUACGAUGUGCUAGUGGUGAAAUUUGUGGGUAUAUCUCAAGGCCUGUUUUAUUAAGACGACAAUAUCACACAGUACGACAUCAAGACCCCAGAGGCAGAAUAGGAAUAUCAGCGUACGGAUUUGAUACUGAACUGAACAGCUCUUACGGUUAUCCUGCAAGCAUGUACAUACCAUCUCCACAAAUUGUUGACGAAUGUGAACCAAACUUGAAUAUUUGCGAUCCAAAUGCCCAGUGUAAAAGUGUGAAUGGACAUUACGAAUGUGUCUGUAAUAAUGGCUAUGAGAAAAGAAGAGAUGAAACCUGUACUGAUAUUGACGAGUGUGCAGUUGGUACCAGUGGCUGUGAUGUCAAUGCUUACUGUACUAAUACUAUUGGUGGGAAUAACUGUACCUGCAAUACUGGAUUUAUUGGAACUGGGAGAACUUGUACUCCAGAAUCAGAUCUAACUGAAUUUGAGGACUACUUGCCAUUUAUCAACGAUAAACAAGAAGCGAUAGAUCUAAGUGAUGAUUCAUGUUCCAGAAUAACAGUACCUGCCAUUCCUAUUGGACCUGACACAGUCACUCAAAUAUGGAUCUGUGAGAAUGGAGUCAUUUCUAUUGGUGAAAGACCCUUCAAUCUGUGGAGACCUCAACGUUUCCCCAGUGACAAUCCACUUAUCCAACAGGCAAACGUUUUAGCUCCAUUCUGGAACGAUCACGAACCAAAUCCAAGCAUUGGAGCUGUGAAAUCUCAAAUUUUUGAUAAAGGUCCCGAUCAAACUAACCAAGGCAUUAAUAAUUUCGUUGCUCAUCAGCAAGGUCUGAAUGAGUUUAAAGGUGAAUGGAUGAUACUUGUGAGCUGGGAGAACGUGUCACCAUACACUCGAUGCAGUGAUGUUCAAGUAGAGCAAAACUCUUACCAAGCUGUGAUUAUCUCUGAUUUUACAACAACAUAUGCUGUGUUCACUUAUAAUGCCAUAGCAUUAAAAUGGUCCAGUAUUUGUGAUGAUGUGUACUCUGUUAUUGGCUACAACUUUGAUCAGAGGAAGGCAGAUUCAUUCAAUAUUCCAUCUUUUCAAAACCAUCGUUUCAGUGGAUCAAGUAAUAUCAAACGAAUUCCUCUGACAUUCCAGGCCCAAGGUGUCCAAUGGGCCAACCUGAUUUAUCUCAUUGGGAAAGAUGAAAGCCCCAUACAGCGUUCAGCUGCUGAAUGUGUAUCGAUGGGCAAUAGAGAUGGGAGUCAAUUUAUGGAACGUGGUGUUCGUGUGGAGCAAGGUCUGUCUUGUCCUUGCUCUAUAGAACAAGCUUUCCGAGAUCGAAGAUAUAUCCACGCUGCUGCUUAUCUCACUGAGAUCACUGGUGAUGAUAGAUUCCUUUCUAAGAACUGUUUUGUACAAGUGUUUAAGCCUCUCAGAGCUAAUAGAGGUGUUCACAUGUGCUGCUACAGCACAAGUGAGGAGUCAUUUGGAGCUCUGUUGGGAUCUCCAUUCCAAAGUGAAGCAAGUUCUCCUUUACGAUUUCAUCCUUAUACUGAGCGUGAUGACUUUAUGGAAUAUGAUUACCACUUUCAAAGGAGCUGUUGUUUCAGUGAAUCGGACAAUAUGUGCCCAACUUACACCAACCAGCGCAGAGCUGAUGAAUGCUUGAGCUACACACCCUCAGAGUUUGCCUGGUUUUGGGGUGACCCUCACUUCACAACACUGGAUGGUGCCGGCUACACAUUCAAUGGAUGGGGAGAAUACAGCUUACUGGAGAUUAACACAUCAGAGGUUCAGUUCCUUCUUCAAGGUCGAACCAAUCCUGUCAACAACUCUAAAGCCACUCAACUGGUAGCAUUCGCAAUGAAGGCUUCACCAAACAGUCCUGUUGAGAUACGACUGGAUAUAACUACGAAUAAGUUUGUGGUUCUUCUCAAUGGGUCUAACAUUACUGACAGUGUCUCCACGAUGGGGGAUCUAUAUUUCUCACCAACUUUUGAUGUCUUUAUAACCAGAGAUUCCCAAAAUGUCCUAGUGUGUGGUUUUCCCAUUGGCAUCUCCGUGACAGUCACUGCCUCUUCGGGGAUGCUCUCAUUUGUACUCGGAAUACCAGACGAAUUCCGAAAUAUGACUCGAGGGCUCAUGGGCAAUUAUAAUGGAUUUGAAACGGAUGACCUCGCGUAUCGGAAUGGAACUAUGCUUGCUCAGAAUUCAUCGGACAGAUUGAUUCAUGAAAUGGGACAAUCGUGGCAAAUCAGACCAGAUGAGUCAGUGUUUACAUAUCCUGAGGGCAAUACUGCACUGGACUUUGCUUUCCCUGAUCACAUCCCUCAGUUUCUGGACGAGGUGGUUGCCACGGCAAGUGUGAAUGUGUUGACUGCCUGUGGGGACAGUGUACAGUGCAUAUUUGAUGCGUCCCAGACUGGUAACAUCAGUAUUGGGCUGGAGACGAUGAUCAUAAAUGUAGCCAAUGUGGACUACAGGCAGGAAGCAAUCAACACUCCACCGCUCAUCGCUGGUCCCUCUGUUCUCGUGGUCACCCUGGGACAAGAAGCCGAGUUGGUCUUCUCUGUAACAGAUGACAACAAUAACUUAAGCGUGUCAUUAAUUGGAGGCCUGCCCAUCAACUCAACUCUUACAGUAUCACCAAUGAAUGGAUUUUCCGAAGUUACAUUUCGAUGGACUAUAACUGAGAUUGUCGAUGUGUCGCUGUUAUUUGAGGCUAGAGACGAACGCAAUGCAGUGUCAGUGUUGAGUGUGCAGGUGCAGAUCUGUGCUUGUGAGAAUGGUGGUGACUGUACAGUGGAUGGACUACGAAGUACUGUAGGGAGCACUCUGGUACUCAACUGUGACUCAUUGCCAGCAAUUGCCAUUGUAUUUUGGACACUAUUGUUCUAGCAUCCUGUCUAAAUAUUUGUUCUAUUUAUAUGAAAAUUCAAAUAUUACUCAAUCAUUUUAACUACUGCGGAAAUAAAUGCUACUAUAGACUAUUGUAGUGCGUGCGCAAGAUCUUCUCUGAACUAGCUACGUUCACUGCACUGGUGCUGUUCCCAUCUUUACUAGCGACCCAAUAGGAAAGGAGUUCCUGUGGUGCCUGAUCUCUCGUAAGUCGGAGUCGAUGUAGUACGGGUACGGGUGGAAGUGGCAGCAAUUUCCCAUCUCAAUUCUUUCUCUGUUCUUUUUUGUAUAGUAAUUUACUGAUUCACAUGACAGUAAUAGCAUGCAAUCAAUGGUAGUAAAGUGUGUCAAAUGAAUAGAGAUAAAAUCUUUAUGGUCACUAAUUAUUAAUCUUCCAGCAGACCUGUUCAUGCAGAUCGACCUGUUAUGGACUCGUCAAAGAGGCAACGACCUGAGAAAGGAUACUAUUCCUACCUCCAUAAUAUAAGCUCGGCUGACAUGGACUUAUCUAGCAUGCGGGAAGCACGAGAUGUGAGAACCACUCUGAGCUGUAAGUCUGAUGACAGUCUGCCAGAAGGGGUCUUCCUUGUUGAGAGGAUAAUUCAUCAUCGACUAACUAAGGGGAAAACGGAGUAUUUGGUAAAGUGGGCUGGUUACUCAUUGGAACAGUCUUCAUGGGUCGCUAAGGAAGAUGUGACUAUCUCUACUAUCCAAUCAUACAAUACACCACAAGCACCACAUACCGAGCUUAUAAGCGACGCAACAAGAAGAUUUGUUCUGUCCAUUCAAUGUAGUUUAAAUUUAGGUACUGUAAAAUCCUGUAAUUUAACUAUAGAUUUCCGGCUAGAUGUAUUUCGUUACCUAUUUAAAGAUCGAGGAACCCAAAUGACCCGCGGAAAGCUCCAACUUCAACAAACUGAUUUUAACGAUGAAUAUUUUAUAGGUAGUUGGUAUAUUUUGUAUGAUAGAUAUGGCAAUGGCUGCACAGUAGAUUUUCCUAUUGUAGUAUGUCCUAGAAUUAAGUAUGGACCGAAAACAUAUAGAAAUAGCAAUGGUGAAAUGUUAGAGUCACCUAGACUACUAUCUGAAAUUGUAUGUGUAAAUCUGGUGAAAAAACGUUGUUGAUCAUUG